UUAUCGUGCUUAAUAUAGUUUUCACGCAAAUCUCUAUUGAAAAUUACCAAUAGGACAGCUGUUGCAGAGGGACUUCGCAUGAUCUUCGAACUUCCACUUCGUCACUGUUUCUAUAGUAACUUGGCAGAUUGGUCCAAAAUUGCAUGCGGCUCUAACUUUCAAUUUUAACCGAAACAAAUGCAAUAUGAACUCUUUAUACUCUUAUAUACAUUUCUUACGAGAAUUAACAAAAUUAUUAAUGAAAUACAACUAUAAUUACGUACUCUUUUAUACAUUUGUACAGUACGCGCUUUUUCGAUUAAAAACAUUAACUGAUACAAAAUAUAACUGGAUUAUUUUGUCUGAUCUUAUUCUAAAGAAUUUAAUAGAACAAUUUUAUAAUAAAAAGAAUUAUUAUAUAGACUGUAAUUCUUGCUUAUUGGCAAACAUAAAAUAUGUUAGAAAUACUACACCAACUUGGUUUUAUAUAUGUUCUACAGUAUCUAUAAAAAAAUAUAAAGUUUUAGUUGUACCUUUAAAUAACACUGAUGAAAUUGAAAUAUUUACAUCAAAUAUUAUGAAAUAUAAUAUAGAAAAUGCAUUGCAUUGCACUAUUGAUAAAUGUUUUUUAUUGCCAACAAAAGAUGACACUAUUAACUUUGCUAGAGAAGCCAAAAUUUCUAUGAUUUCUAAUCAAUAUGAAAUCACAGAUAAUUUAAUAAGUACUUUAUUAGAAAAUUAUUUCUCUGAACCUAGAUUUUUAAGAAAAAAUGAUUUAUUUGGCAUUAAUAUAAAGGAAUAUAUAAUGGAACACAUGUAUUUGCAUACCAAUCCUUUACUGUCUGUGAUAUAUUUUAAAGUUAAUUCUAUCAUCAAUGAUAAUAGAGAUUUUACAGAUAGUGAUACUUCUUAUAUUUUAUAUGGAGAAACCACGCUCAUUCAGGAACCGGAUAUACAUAGUUAUCUACCUCAAAAACAUUUUAUUUACAAUCAAACCAAACAGAAGUAUGUAAACUCGUAUCCAUCAAGUUUAGCAGCACCUCUGGAACAAUUAGAGCGUUGCAUUUUGCCAUUUAUUAAGCAUGAUAUACAAUUAUCAAUAAAGCCAAUAUUUCUUAUUAAGGGUGCACAGGGUUCAAAUAAACAUAAACUAGUCCAAAUAUUGGCUGAAAAAAUAGGUUUAAACUUUCUUAAUACAGAUUUUGCUGAAGUUCAAGCUUUAAUAUCAGCACAGACAGAGGCUAAAUUACGUAUUGUACUGCGUAAUGCUGAACAAUCUGUACCAUGUAUUCUGUGCUUAAAUAAUAUAGAGGUAUUUGGAAGAAAUUCUGAAGGUCAAAAGGAUGAGAGAGUGAUAUCAGCCUUUUCCAACGAAAUAAAUUCAUUAUAUAAUAAACAUUUAAAAUAUCCAAUUAUUAUAGUAGCUACUACAAAUGAGUCUGAUAUACCAGCUGAGCUAAACAGAAUUUUUAUCGAAACGAUUCACGUGGAACAUCUAGAUCAGAAUGAAAGAACGAAUUUAGUUUCGUGGUUACUCAUGAAACGAAAUCUCAAUCAUCAGGUCAAUUUAUCAAAAAUUUCUGGGAUAUGUUCGGACUUUCGAUAUUCAGACUUAUCGACAUUAAUACUCAAUGCCGUAAAGUUUCACUGCAGAGAUAGUACUAAGAAUUUAAAACCAUUAACACUUUUACAAGAAGAUUUUGAUAAAGCUUAUGAAUACAUGCAAUCGGUAUAUACAGAUUGUAAAGGUGCACCGCGUGUACCAAAGGUUUAUUGGGAAGACAUAGGUGGUUUAAUGAAGCUGAAACACGAAAUAAUGCGGCGAAUUCAGUUACCUUUGAUGAACACUUUAGGAUUCGGACAAUCUGGUCUUCUCUUGUAUGGACCACCAGGAACCGGAAAGACGCUUCUCGCUAAAGCUGUAGCGACAGAGUAUCAGCUUCACUUCUUAUCAAUUAAAGGUCCUGAAGUGUUGAAUAUGUAUGUCGGUCAAAGCGAGAAAAAUGUUAGGCAAGUGUUCGAGCGGGCAAGAGCAGCAGCACCUUGUAUAAUAUUCUUCGACGAAUUGGACUCGUUAGCACCCAAUCGUGGACGAAGUGGAGAUAGCGGAGGUGUAAUGGAUCGUGUGGUAUCCCAAUUACUCGCUGAAAUGGAUGGUCUUGACUGUUCCAGUAGUAUAUUCAUUAUAGGAGCCACAAACAGGCCGGAUCUGAUUGACCCAGCUCUUCUUAGACCUGGUCGAUUCGAUAAAUUAUUAUAUGUAGGGAUUCAUUCCGAUCGUGAUUCACAAUUUAAUGUGUUAAAGGCACUGACUCGUAAAUUCAAAUUCCAUGAAAAUGGAGAAGAAUUAGAAAAGUUAAUAUAUCAAUUACCUGAACACACAACUGGUGCAGAUUUGUAUUCUAUCUGUUCAAAUGCAUGGCUGAACGCUGCGCGAAGAGUUUUAAGUAAUUAUCACGAUAACUCUAACGAAAUUAAAUUGGACGAAUAUGUUGGCGUAGAAUUGGAAGACUUUUUAAAAGCUGCGCACGAACUGAUUCCUUCGGUUAGUAAGGAAGAAGCAGAAAGAUACAAAAAAAUGCAGAUAGAAUUAUCUUCUGUAUCAUGAUGUACCCAAUUGUGUUUUAAGCAUCAGGUAUUGCACCAAACGGUUCAUCUUACAUGCUAGUGCGCGAUAAAGGACGUAGCAGUAUCGAUUGAUUUUUUUCGAGAGAACGGUCUUCAAAAUGAUUGUAACACGUUAUAAUACAUACCAAUCUCAAAAUAGUAUACAAUGUAGAAAAAUAGAGUAGCUGAAUUCAUCAAGUACCUAUAUCGGACUACGAAAUUUUGUAACAGAGGCUAUUAAUUCUUUUUGCAAAUGGAAUUGAAUGAUUAUUUUACUACAUUUGUUAAUAAAGUAUGUAAAUAAACAUCUAUUUUUGUUAAAUAUAA